CGCAGAGGAAGAAGAAACCCCGUCAACAAAUUAUGCAAAAGUUUAGCCGGACUGUCACUUUGUGUCGGUGAUUUCAGACAGAGGCAUGGGGCCCGCCGCGGGGAGCCUGGGUUUCGCUCUUCUCUGUUUCCUCGCCCUGCUGUCGGGAUGUCAUCGACGGGUGGAGGCCCAGCACUGCGUCUGGUACGGCGAGUGUGGAGAGUCGACAGUCGUGCCCGGAAAAAAGUACAACUGCAACUACACGGGCCCCCCGGUUCCACUGCAACCUGAGGGCUACGAGCUUCUGGCGGAGCUCUGUCCUGGGUACGACUAUGGGAACCGAAGCCUCUGCUGCAACGUAGCCCAGCUGGAGACUCUGAAAGCAAGUCUGCAGCUGCCCCUCCAGUUCCUGUCUCGGUGUCCCUCCUGUUUCUACAAUCUGAUGAACCUGUUCUGUGAGCUGACGUGCAGCCCCCAUCAGAGUCAGUUUAUGAACGCCACCAAGAUCAGCGGCGACGAUGUGGUGGAAGUCGAGUACUACAUCGGAACGACGUUCGCCAACGCUAUGUACAACGCCUGUCAGGAUGUGCAGGCGCCUUCCAGCAACGUGAAGGCCCUGUCGCUGCUGUGUGGCAAAGACGCACAAGACUGCAACGCCACCAACUGGAUCCAGUACAUGUUUAGCACCGACAACGGCCAGGCUCCUUUUCCCAUCAACCCUAAUUUUACUGAUGUGGAGGUUGCCGGUUUCACGCCCAUGAAUAACAAAACGUACGCCUGCACGGAAGGCUUGGAGGACGGCUCCGGUCCCUGCUCCUGUCAGGACUGCACGGCGGCCUGCGGCCCCAAACCCGUCCCCCCUCCUCUCCCCCCUCCCUGGACCAUCCUGGGCAUGGACGCCAUGUCCGUCAUCAUGUGGAUCUCCUACAUGGCCUUCCUUCUCGUCUUUGUCGGCGUGUUAGUGGGGGCUUGGUGUUUCAGGAGAAGGACCAUCACGUCGGAGUAUGCCCCCAUCUUGGACAGCAACAACCCGCUCUCCCUCAACAGCGACGAUCCCAACCGAGCAAAUCCGUCGUGCGGAGAAAGGCUGGGCGAACGUUUUGAGGAUCUCCUGCGAAGCUCCUUCAGCAGCUGGGGUUCUUUCUGCGUCCGGCACCCGUCCGUGGUGCUGCUGGGCAGCUUCGUGCUGGUGACGGCGUGCAGCGGCGGCUUGGUCUACAUGCGCAUCAUCACCGACCCCGUCGAGCUCUGGUCGUCGCCCGCCAGCCAGGCUCGCCAGGAGAAGGACUAUUUCGACGAGCACUUCGGCCCGUUCUUCAGAACGGCGCAGCUGAUCAUAACCACUCCCAUCAACGACACGUUUGUCUACUCUCCGUAUUUCGGAGGCUCGGACGUCCCGUUUAAAGCCAUCCUGUUCAAAGACAUCCUGCACCAGGUGCUGGAUCUGCAGCUUGAAAUCGAAAACCUCGUAGCAGAAUACGGCGGCCAGAACGUGACGUUGAAGGACAUCUGCUUGGCUCCUCUGGCGCCGUACAACAACAACUGCACCGUCCUGAGUGUCCUCAACUACUUCCAGAACAGCCACGCCGUGCUGGACCACGUCGCCGGAGACGAGUUCUUCGUGUACGCCGACUAUCACAGCCACUUCCUCUACUGCGUCAGCGCCCCAGCGUCCCUCAACGACACCACCCUCCUUCAUGAUCCCUGCCUAGGAACCUUUGGUGGCCCCGUGUUCCCUUGGCUGGCACUUGGAGGUUAUGAUGAGGCAAACUACAACAACGCUACAGCUCUCGUGAUCACCUUCCCGCUCAACAACUACCUGAACGACUCGGUCAAGAUGGGCCAAGCUCUAGCAUGGGAACAAGAGUUCAUCCGGUUUAUGAAGAACUUCAACAACCCCAACCUAACCGUGGCCUUCAGCGCAGAGAGGAGCAUCGAGGACGAGAUCGACAGGGAGAGCAACAGCGACAUCAGCACCAUCAUAAUCAGCUACGCCAUCAUGUUCAUCUACAUCUCCCUCGCCUUGGGCCACAUCAACAGUUUCAGGAGGCUGCUGGUGGACUCUAAGAUCUCUCUGGGUAUAGCGGGCAUCCUGAUUGUGCUCAGCUCCGUGUCUUCGUCUCUGGGGAUCUUCAGCUAUGCGGGCAUCCCUCUUACGCUCAUCGUGAUCGAGGUCAUCCCCUUCCUGGUGCUCGCCGUCGGCGUCGACAACAUCUUCAUCAUCGUGCAGACGUACCAGAGAGAUGAGCGGCGGCCACAGGAAGAGCUUCACCAGCAGAUCGGCCGUAUUCUUGGAGACAUAGCCCCCAGCAUGUUUCUGUCUUCCUUCUCAGAGACUGUGGCCUUCUUCCUGGGUGCUCUGUCGAACAUGCCCGCCGUGAGGACCUUCUCUCUGUUUGCUGGCCUGGCUGUUUUCAUCGAUUUCCUGUUGCAGAUCAGUUGCUUUGUCAGCUUGCUCGGCUUGGACGCCAAAAGACAGGAGGGGAAUCGACUUGACAUCUGCUGCUGUGUGAAACUGCCUGAACGUCAGGAAGUCAAGACCGAAGGCUUCCUCUUCCGCUUUUUCAAGAAAGUCUACGCUCCAUUCAUCCUAAAAGAGUGGGUCCGGCCCAUCAUUGUGGCGGUUUUUGUGGGCAUACUGUCCUUCAGUAUUGCCGUUGUCAAUAAAGUGGAAAUUGGGCUGGACCAGAAGUUGUCUAUGCCUGAUGACUCAUAUGUUCUGGACUACUUCAAGAACCUGAGCGAGUACCUCCACACCGGAGCUCCUGUUUACUUCGUAGUGGAGGACGGACUCAACUACAGUAGCCUAGAGGGCCAAAACACUGUGUGCGGAGGAGUGGGGUGCAACAACAACUCCUUGGUGCAGCAGAUCUACUCUGCCUCACUCAUCAGCAAUUACUCAACCAUUGCCUACACCCCGUCCUCUUGGCUGGAUGACUACUUCGAUUGGGUGAAGCCUCAAUCGACCUGCUGUCGUUUCUACAACAACUCUGGAGCUUUCUGCAAUGCCUCAGUCGUGGACCCGUCCUGCGUGUCCUGCCGGCCCAUGACUCAGAGCGGAAAGCAGAGGCCAGAAGGAGAAGACUUCAUGCGGUUUCUGCCCAUGUUCCUGUCAGACAACCCUAAUCCCAAGUGUGGAAAAGGCGGGCAUGCAGCUUAUGCCACAGCAGUCCAGCGGUACCCCAACAACACAGGCGUGGGAGCAACUUACUUCAUGACGUACCACACCAUCCUAAAGGAGUCCCCGGACUUCAUCAACGCUUUGAAAAUGGCACGAAUCCUGGCCAACAAUAUCAGCCAGUCCAUGGGUCAGAAAGUCUUUGCCUACAGCGUCUUCUACGUGUUUUACGAGCAGUACCUCACCAUCGCCUACGACACGGCUCUUAACCUGUGCGUGUCGCUGGGGGCCAUAUUCGUGGUCACCACAGUGCUGCUGGGCUUGGAGCUGUGGUCGGCGCUGAUGGUCUGCAUCACCAUCGCCAUGAUCCUCGUCAACAUGUUCGGCGUCAUGUGGCUGUGGGACAUCAGCCUCAACGCUGUGUCUCUAGUCAACCUGGUCAUGAGCUGCGGCAUCUCUGUGGAGUUCUGCAGUCACAUUGUGCGAGCGUUUUCCAUCAGCGUCAGGAAGAACCGAGUGGAGCGGGCGGAGGAGGCCUUGGCUCACAUGGGCAGCUCCGUGUUCAGUGGGAUCACGUUAACAAAGUUUGGAGGCAUUUUAAUCCUGGCGCUUUCCAAGUCGCAGAUCUUCCAAGUCUUCUACUUCAGGAUGUAUUUGGCCAUCGUGCUCCUCGGGGCAACGCACGGCCUCAUCUUCCUCCCAGUCCUUCUAAGCUAUAUAGGUCCGCCAGUGAACAAAGCGAAGGUGCUCGCCGCUAACCAGCGUCACGCCGGCACAGAAAGGGAGCCCCUCAUCAAAUACUAGCCAGCCUGUGGAGGCGCCGCACAACGAACUAAUUAACUAACUUUCCGCGAGGGACAUGUGAGCUCGAGCUGCUUCUGCAACCCCCGGCACGCUCAUCGUCAUCCCAGCUGCUACGCAUGGAUCUAGCUCAGGAACGAUCUUGGAAAUGAGGAACCUUGGAAGGCCACGUCUUCGUCGCCGUCGUCCUCCUCCUCCUCACACUACAGGACAAUUCUUCAGUAUCUGAAGCCGAAAAACAACACGCCAAGGAACAGACGCUUUGAGUUGACGGACAGCUAGUAGCUAUCAAACAGGGACACUUUUAGACGCGUCUACAUCCAUGUUGGAUUGGCGAUGCAUAGGACACCUACACUGAUGUGGAUAUAAAUCCUUUUAAACACAUACGCUCAAUUUUUUUUUUUAUUAUUAUUCAUGAAACAGUUAAUCAUGACCAAAUCCUCCCCCCCUGAAGAAAAGAAAAUGU